AACUGCCGCCACCGCCGUAUCCAUUUUGCAUAAUAUAUUCGCCAUUUUAAGAACUUGAACCCGAACGAUUAUGCUCGCACCUUACCUCACUCUCCCUCAGCUUCCCAUUCGCUCCCUAACAAGACAAAUCGUACACAACAUGAGUACAGUUCAAUCACCUAAAUAUCCCAAGUUUAUUUCUGUGGAAGGGGCUGACAUUUACUCAAGAAGUAAACCUGAUGGGAUCAGAUUUCGUUUAGUUUCUUACAAUAUUUUGGCCCAGGUCUAUGUGAAGAGUUCUUUUUUUCCACAUUCUCCAUCUCCUUGCCUUAAGUGGAAAGCUCGGUCGCUGGCAAUUUUAGCUGUUCUUAAGAAUCUUGAGGCUGAUUUUCUUUGUCUACAGGAAGUUGAUGAAUAUGAUAGCUUUUACAAAGGAAAUUUGGAAAGAUGUGGAUAUUCCAGUUUAUAUAUCCAGAGAAGUGGGCAGAAGCGUGAUGGAUGUGGAAUUUUUUUCAAGCAUGAAAAUGCUGAGUUGAUCAUAGAGGAUAGAAUUGAAUACAAUGAUCUCGUAGACUCUAUACAAGAUGAUGGUUGUUCUUGUGAAGAUAAGUCUGAAGAUGUGGUAACCGGUGCAAGUAAUGAUGUCGAAUCAAACAAUGGUUUAUCAACAAAAACUACUGCAGGGGAUCAUGGGGAUCCUAAUGAUCCCCGCGUGAGACUAAAACGUGAUUGUGUUGGAAUUAUGGCUGCUUUCAAACUCAAGAAGCCUUUUCAUCAUAUUGUAAUUGUAGCGAACACCCAUCUUUACUGGGAUCCAGAAUGGGCUGAUGUCAAGCUUGCCCAGGCCAAAUAUCUUUUAUCACGCCUAGCUCGAUUCAGAACGUUAGUGUCUGAAAAGUUUGAAUGCAAGCCUUCAGUACUUUUGGCUGGCGAUUUCAAUUCAACCCCUGGGGAUAAGGUAUACCAAUACCUUGUUUCGGGUGACUCGCCCGAGUGCUUGGAAGAGCUUCCAUUGCCCCUUUGUAGCGUGUAUUCUACCAUACUAGGAACUGAACCUUCAUUCACAAACUGCACUCCUGGCUUCACUGGUACUCUUGAUUAUAUAUUCUUUUCACCUUCUGACCCUAUAAGACCAAUAAGUUUUCUAGAGCUUCCACAGUCAGAAUGGCCAGAGGUUAUUGGUGGGUUACCUAAUAACACCUACCCAAGUGAUCAUCUUCCCAUUGCUGCUGAAUUUGAAAUCACAAUGGAAUAAGUUAUCGGUUCGCCGAAUAGAUUUUCGUCCCUCGAUCUUUCACUGACUGCUUCUUUCGUUUAAACAGCGAAGGAAGUGUUGAGUUAUGAGUUUUUCUUUAAUUUAAGUUAAUUUUUAGUUUUUUCUCUCUUUAUUUAAACAUUAGGUUUAAUUUUCUGUUUUUUAUAGGGUAAGUUUCAGAUUUAUGACAGGUGAGUUUUAAGUUGGUUAUUAAAUAAGGUUGAGUGUAUUGUACCUAUACAAGGGUGAACUUUCCGGAAAAAUUUGUAUUUUAUCACGAAUUCUAUAUUUAAGAAGUUUAUUUCUUCAUUUAUUGAA